AUGGCUGAUUACAAAAUGUUCAUAUUGUUGGUUGCCCUCAGCAUUUCUGGCGGAGAUACUUGUCCUAAUGAGUUCUUAAAUGUCGGUGGUAGGUGCGUGAAAGUUGUUUUAACUCAGUCCACAUGGGAGGACGCAGUAAAUGAGUGUGACAAACUUAAAGCGAACUUGGCUAUCAUAGAUACUCAACCUUUUUUGACUGGAUUGACUACCUACCUGUCUAGCAACUUCAAAGGAAAAUGUGUAAGUUCAACUUUAGGAACGGACGGCUUCUGGACUGCAGGUCUGAAACGAAAAACAGAUCUUGUCUUCAACUGGAAAAUCUACAGGCUAUCCAAAUUCCUCGAUGAGAUCGUUUACAGAAAUCUCAAAGAAGCGAACAAUUGGGCUCCAGGAAAAUGUAUAAGUGGAUAUUUGGAAACGGACGGUUUCUGGACUGCAGGUCUGCUACGAAGAACAGAUCGUGUCUUCAACUGGAAAAUCUACAGGCUAUCCAAAUUCCUCGAUGAGAUCGUUUACAAAAAUCUCAAAGAAGCGAACAAUUGGGCUCCAGGUGAACCAAACAACCCCGGUUCUGAUGAAGACUGUGUGGAGCUGCGUAACUAUGGACCAAAAUACCAAUUCAACAACAUUCCUUGUUCACUGAAAAACUGCCUAAUUUGCCAAAUGGCUUAA